UUUUAUACAAUUUUUUUUCAAAAUUCGAGCCUUGCGAGAUCAAAGCGUGUGCGAUAUGAGCGCCACGGCGAAGCCAUCAUUAUUCAAACCAAUUCAAACCGUUCAAGCUUGUUAUUUUCAAGAAAGAAAAAUCUACUCUUAAGGUGAUCUAUCAUUUGGUGCGAGGAGAUAACUGCAAAAUGGUUGCACGGUUUACUCGGACACCCUUGAUUUUUUGAGAAAAAUAAAAGUUACACCUUGUUCUCUGAUAAAAUGAGAAUAGCGUGUAACUCAUAUUUUCUUUCAAAUAUAUCAAGCUACUCGGAAUAAACCGUGCAACAGGAUUUUUACCGACUGAACUAGUGACAGAGCACCUUAACAUUGUAUUCGACAGCUUCCUUCUUCACUCCAGUCUCCAUGCCAACGAGUGUCAGACGAGGGAAAAAAAUGGCGGAUCAGGACGAUAGAACGCAGUUACCUCCCGGUUGGGAAUGCAGAUAUGACAUGCGUAGCGGUCGACCGUACUUCAUCAAUCAUUUCAACAGAACAACAUCAUGGGAAGACCCAAGGGUCCGAUAUUGGCAGUACGCUCAAUACGUACAGGGCCAAAAUUCUCAUAUUCCGGCAAGCUCGUCCUCCUCUAUGAAUCCACCGGAAUCCAUACCCUUGCAGACUGGUGGAGGUGGUGGUAAUUUCGUUUAUACCGGCGGGCACAGAGCCUUGCAAGUAUAUCCGACUCCAUCGCCAUAUAGCAAUCCUCAGCUUGCAUUUUUACCACCAAGCAUUCAGGAUCUAAAAACCCCGAUGUCCAUACGCUCCAUCAGUGCAACAACUAAUCGAUUCGGUGAGAUGACUAUAGGAUCUCCCACGCCAAUAAAAAAUAUGGAAACCAGCUUGACACAGAACGGGGAUACGGAAAUACAAGUUUCGAAAAUCAACGCUAUGUUUCCAACCGUCUCUGACACUCAUAUUCGACUCUUACUGAAAAAGUACCAUAAUCGUGCAGCUCUGGUCGUGAGUGCUCUCCAAGUCGAGAAGAAUCCACUUUGUGAACCAGGACCUUGCACUCCGGUCGGAGUGCACUCCAACUAUGCUGUGUCACGAUGGCGACUGCCGGUUCAUGCCAUACAUGCAGCGCUAACUCUGAGUCCACCACGUGGGGCAAGACCAACCCCAAACUCCCCAAAAAUGAAACUUAGGUACCUGAAAAAUGUUUUUCCAAAAGUUGACGAAACUCUGCUGCUCGACAUUCUUGAACAGAGCGACAACAACGUUCACAAAGCGUCGGAAAAACUUAUCGAGCGUGGAUUCGAAAAACGAAACCCAACUGGACCCAGCAAAUCAGUAGCACGUGUCAAAGAAGAAGCAAUGGCCAAGCCAGCACAGGUCGCACCAACGCCACCACCUCGCAUGAAAAGUUUGGAAGAAAAAAAUAAAAUGAAGAACCGUUUGAUGGAGAAAUUCAAAACUGUACCGGAACGAGUGAUUACGCUGGCAAUGGACAGCGUCGACUACGAUGAAGAACGAGCGAUUCACAUUUUGAAUAUAAUGGUAGUCGAAGAUGCGAUUCAACCGACACGAACUUGUAGCAGUCAGAGCAGUAAAAGCGACGAUCGAAAGGACAGCCCACCAAUCACCGAGGCUAUUAAACUCACAGCUUCACCCGUUAAAAAAAUCAUCAAGGACGUCGACGCAGAUAAAGCGAAAAGAUCAAAAAAUAAAAACGAAGCGCCAAAGGUAUCACGUGGAACAAGUACCACUGAAGACAACAAGUAUAAAUCACCAUAUCUUACCAAAGCAGUUGGUGCUAAUUCCGAUUUACCGAAAGGACCGAACAACGAUUUACUACUACCUGAAUACGCGCCUUGGGCCGGGCCCGAUCCGACUUUAUUGACGUCAGAGUCUUAUAUAAAAUCCAUGGCUCUCGGGAAGGAUUCGUCACUCGUGUCCGGUGGACGAAGCUUGGCAAAGGGUCCAAACACGGAAUUGCGCAAGGGUCCGUUAAGGGGCUUAGCUCAGGGUUCGAUAUAUUCGCAGAGAAACGUCGCGAACCUCGAAAGUCGUGGAAAAUGAGACAUGUGCAAUUGUUUCUCCUAAAAAAAAGAAAAAAGAAUUCUUAAUCGGAGAAAAAGAAUGCUUGUACCAAGAGCGUCGAUUGAGGAAGUUUAUCGGACAGAUUUUUGAUCGUUUCUUGUUUCAAAUCUGUAAUUAUGCUUAUCCUUAGAUAUUUUUUAUUUCAUUGUUAUGUCAUUCGUUCAAUUGUUCAUCACUUUUAGAUGAUUUGUUAGAUUUUACAGAUCUUUUCUGUUCUUCUUUCGUUUCUUUUUUCGACUACUUACGUUUGCGAAACUUUAAAGUUGAGUUGUUGAUUUUGUCAUUUUUGAUUACUGCAUUGAAGAUUGAGAAACUUCUUAGCACGCAUUUCAGUGCAUCGGGAGAUUUCAGACUCAUCUCUCUUUUCCUAUUAUUGAAUAUUUUUGUCUAUCACAUAUCCAAAAAAUGUUGAUGUUUUAUGCAUUCGACAGAUUCUCCGCGUGAGCAUUUACUAAAUAUGCAGAUUAUUCUUGGACAAACCGAUGCAAGUUCCCAUGCUCAAUCCAUGGAAUCAGAUAAAAUGUUGUUCAGCUAUUUACAUAUAUCAACAAUCCAUUUGAAAAUAAUUCUGAUAAAUAUAAUAAUUGCAUAACAAACCAAUCGAAUAUUUUUUUUUCGCAAUAUGGAUUCUCAAAGAAUAUUAUUAUUUUCGCUUUUAAAGUAACUGAAAUGCAUUCAAUAUUGCAUCAUUAAAAAUAAGAUAUGAAUCAGAUCAAUCAAUUGUCUCGUUAUCCUACCAAUUAUGGAUAAAGUUUCGCCGUCGAAAUUCAGCACUGCUCAAAAACGUAGAUAAACAUAUCCUGGAUUGGUAAAAAUAUAUGAAAUGUUGAUCGGUUCGUUGAAGAAUCUUCUUUAUUUAUCUCACUGCGAGCAAAUGUCGAAUUAUAUGUUGUCUGUGUGAAUGAAAUUGUCUAGUGAAAAACAAAAGGUUUUGUCAACACGAACUUCGAUUUAUUCUGUGUGUAUUCAAGGAUUUCAUUGUGCGUAAUCGCAAACACUUACUACGAUAUUAUCGUUAAAAUACAUCAGUAAGAAGGAAAAAACAGCGUGGAGUGAAAUGGGAAGAAAAAGAAAGGAUAAGAAGAAACCGUGGGAAUGUUGAAAUGUGAAAAGAUAAACUAAUCACUGGUGCGCCCAAUCCUUGAUAUUGAAUGGUACAACUCCGCAGAAUAAUGAAUAGAAUCUCCUAAAAUAAGAAUCAUCAGUUAUGUUUAUUGAAAUGAAAAUGAGACCGGAGCCAUUGUAAGCAUCAGUAUUAACUCAACAAAUGUUCAUAGUAGUUUUUAAAUAGUGGCUCUUCUCAUUGUAAAAUUCGUUGGUUUCGUUCAUUGAGCAAUGAAUGGGAAGGUUUGUUUUUGAGUCCUGUAACAAUGGAUAUUGAAUAGCGUAAGGAUUGUAUGAGCGAAGAAAAAAAAUGAAACAUUGCUCAUAUCUUGAUGAGAGGGGGACAAAAAAGAACUGACGAAUGAAAGAAAGAACAGGAAGCCUGGAAAAAAAGAGGGCAAGGUCAAUUCAGGACUACGUAGAGGAAAAAUGUGAAUUAGUGGCAAGACUAAGACUAUAACUAGUACUUGAAUGUGCCAUAAUUAAAUUGAUAUACAAAGGUAUUUUCAUAGCUUCAUCCAAAGAGAGAGAGAGAGAGAAAGAGGAAACAAAGAAAAAUAAAUCAAUAAUCCUGCCUUUAAAAAGAACCUAAUAUGUGAAUACAGAAGUAAUGAAACAAAGAAAAAAAUAAAUAAGAUGGGCUGUGGCUGAAAAGUUAGUUGGGGGCUAUUUUUAUAGCUUUUUGACUCUUGGAGAUACUAAAGGUGGAUGAAAUAAUCUAUUUUGACUAUAUUUUAAGUAUCGCCGCCGAGUGUGCAUAAACAAGAUAUAAAUGUAGAAGAACCCGUGGAAAAACUAUCCCUCUUUUCGACGCUCCAACUAGUGUAUCUGAAAAAAUGUUUCAAUUAAUUCAAAUGUAAUCUCGAACACAGGAAAACCAGUAAAAUUCGACAUGAUUUA